AUAACACUUCUUGACUACCGCGCUUCUUAAAAUAUAAGCGUUGUAUCCGCCGUCUAUUCUUCUGCUUUAACGGCCACGGCCUUUGAUUGAAGAUUAUAAUAGUAUUAUAACAUCUUUUUAGACCAUUCCACACUACGUUGGUGUUUUGGCCCGGAUCAUUACUGAAUAAUACUACUGGAUCUAAUCUUCCCCAUUUUGCUGUUGGUGCCAUCACGUGCAGAGGAAUCUUUGUUAACCAAGUGAACUUAUUUGUGGUUGUUAUCUCAGAAAGCAGCUUACAAGUAACAUUCAUUUCAUAACACUGUUACCAUUUUGUUGCUCAAUAUACCUUUUUAUAAUUUAACUGUAAUUUGUUACCUUUUGCGUUAAUCAUAGACACACGCUUAGGUUCGUAGUGUUAAUUCUUUUGGUAUAUUGUUGGUAACGUUGCGAAUUGUUAUAUUUCAACUAAGCUCUUUUGCUGAGGUCCACCACAAAUCUGGUGAGCCCUUAUAUCUCUGUUUGGAACUGUAAUUUUGAGUUCACUUAUAAACAUUACGGCGCUGAUUUUUCUCUUGGUAGUGAUUAUUUUUUGUAUAUUUGUAAUGUUUUCAUCCGAGUCUGAAGACAUCAGCCAGGACAACGACCGAACAGAGUUACACGCUUUAAACGUAAUAAAUGUACCUCCAUUCAGUAGAGUAAACCCUCGUAUAUGGUUUGCACAGGUGGAAGUGCAGUUUCAGCGUCGUAACAUUCGUUCACAACAAUCGAAAUACUCCUUUGUGCUUGGAAUUCUACCAACUGAGGUAGCAUCUGAGGUAUCAGACCUCAUAGACAACGUCCCUGUAUCAAAUGCCUACGACCAGUUGAAGCAGGCUAUUAUUCAACGUACCUCACUCUCGGAUGAAAAGAAGCUACAACAAUUGCUACAUGAGUGCGAGCUAGGUGACAAGUCACCUUCCCAAUUAUUACGCCACAUGAGGCAGUUGGCUGAACCUUUUAAGGUUGGUGAUAUAUUUCUGAGAGAAAUUUGGCUACAACGUUUACCAACAGUAGUCCGGCAAAUUCUCUGCGCUUCUAACCAAUCUUUAGACUUAGAGGUUCUAGCUAGCAUGGCUGACAAAGUUCUAGAAGUAACGCCAAGCACAACACCCUACGUGCAGGCGAUAUCACAAACUUCGAGUGACACUAAAACUCCGAACAUAGCUUCCUUAACAGCUGAAUUAAGUGAUUUACGUACACAGCACGCACGCACAGUCGCCAGUCUUGAAAACAAGCUAGAUACAUUACAAUCAAUUAUUUCCAAUCUCACAUCUCGAAAGUCUCGCUCUAGUUUUCAGGGGACCAAGAACCGAGAUAACUCAAGAACAAAGAAAAAUGAUAACAUCUGUUGGUACCAUAGAAAGUAUGGUGACAAAGCUAGAAAGUGUGUUACGUCCUGUAAAUUUUUCAGGUCAUUUUCCUCGCCAAAAGAUGUCAACCAGGCAGUAGUACCGACAAAUGUUACAGGUCAUGCUACUAGUCACCUUUUCCACGUUCUCGACAAAACUUCAGGCUACAAAUUCUUAGUAGACACUGGAGCCGAAGUCAGUGUUAUCCCAGUUACGCUAGCCAAGAAACCUAUUUCUAAAUGUGGAAAAUAUUCAUUGAGAGCAGCUAAUAAAACUGAAAUAAAAACAUUUGGAGAACAACUCUUGACAUUAGAUUUGGGAAUUAGACGUCGACUAAACUGGGUGUUUAUUAUUGCUGAUGUCCGUCACCCUAUAUUAGGUGCAGACUUUUUAAGCUCCUAUAACUUAUUAGUCGAUGUUAAAAAACGAAAACUUAUCGAUUCGUGCACAAAACUCCAAGUUCAUGGAAUUCAGUCACACUAUCAUAUACAUAGUAUUAAAAUCAACACUCCAGUAAACGACAUAUUCGCCAAUAUUUUAUCUAAAUUUCCAAAGUUAACGAAACCAGAUUACAGCGAAAACACCAUCCAGCAUUCUGUGGUGCAUCGAAUUAUCACCAAAAACCAACCAGUUUCGGCACGUCCUCGUCGUUUACCACCGGACAAACUUGCAGUUGCAAAGGCCGAAUUUGAGCACAUGAUGCGACUAGGAAUAAUACGUCCGUCGAGUAGCUCCUGGGCAUCCCCACUCCACAUGGUACCUAAGAGGGAUCAGGAUUGGCGACCUUGUGGUGAUUAUCGAUCACUGAAUAACUUAACUUUACCAGAUCGUUACCCCAUUCCCCAUUUACACGAUUUUUCACUUACGUUACACGGUAAACAAAUUUUUUCUAAAAUCGACCUUGUGCGAGCGUACCAUCAAAUUCCAGUAGCAUCUGAAGAUGUAGCGAAAACAGCCAUCAUUACCCCAUUUGGUUUGUUUGAAUUUCUGAGAAUGCCAUUUGGAUUAAAGAACGCCGCACAGACUUUUCAACGAUUUAUGGAUGAAGUCACUAAAGGCCUAGAUUUUGUUUUCGUGUAUAUCGACGAUGUAUUAAUAGCCAGUAGUUCAUUUCACGAACAUAUUGAUCACCUACAUCAACUUUUCGAGAGAUUUCAGAGAUUCGGUAUAGUCAUUAACCCAUCCAAAUGCAUUUUCGGAGUCGAAGGCUUAGAAUUUUUGGGUCACUCGAUUGACAAACAUGGUAUCAAACCCUUAGACGCAAAAAUUGAAGCUAUCAAAAAUUUUCCAGAGCCAGACUCACUAAAUAAACUUCGACGUUUCUUGGGUAUGUUUAAUUUUUAUCGUCGGUUUAUCCCUCACUGCUCAGAUAUUCUACAACCCCUAACGGAGGCAUUAAAAGGCAAAGCCAAAAAGUUCACAUUAUCCUCCGAAGCGAAAGAUGCCUUUACUGCUGCUAAAACAGCGAUUGCUUCUACCACCAUGCUGACCUACCUCAGUCCUGAUCCAGAAGCAACACUAAUUUUGUGUACAGACGCUUCUCAGGCAGCGGUAGGCGCGGUGCUGCAACAAAGAGUAAAUAAUGAAGUCAAGCCACUUGCUUUCUUUUCGAAGAAGCUAGAACCGGCCCAAACCCGAUACAGCACAUUUGGCAGAGAAUUAUUAGCUGUUUAUCUAGCAGUUAAACAUUUUAAACACUUACUACAAGGUAGAGAUUUCGUAAUCUUCACUGAUCACAAACCUUUGACUUACGCUUUCAAUGCCAAAAGUGAUCGUUAUUCUCCUAGAGAAACUCGACAGUUAGAUUACAUUUCUCAAUUUUCUACCAACAUACAGUUCAUAAAAGGUGAGUCAAAUGUUGUGGCAGAUACUUUGUCACGUUUCGACAUUGAUGCUAUUUGCUCCACUAAAGGAAUUGAUUUGUUGGACAUUGCACGCUUACAGGUUGAUGAUCCUGAUCUUGCGGCUUGUAAACAAAAUUCGAGUCUAGUAUUAAAAAGUAUUCCAAUAGCACAUUCUGAUUCUACUAUAAUUUGUGAUACUUCAACUGGAAUACCCAGGCCAUUUGUGCCAAUAGCGUACAGAAAAAAAGUUUUUGAUUGUCUUCAUUCAUUAUCUCACCCAGGAGUUCGAGCUACUGCGAGACUGAUCGGAGAAAGAUUUGUCUGGCCAAAAAUGAACUCAAACAUAAAGGAAUGGACCAGAAAUUGUUUACAAUGCCAGCGUAGCAAAGUUCACAGACAUACGAUUACAACACCGUCAACAUUCAAUCUACCUGACCAUCGUUUUCAGCAUGUCCACGUUGAUUUAGUUGGUCCUUUACCCCCAUCUAACGGAUUUACUUACAUCUUUACUGCAGUGGACCGUUUUACCAGAUGGCCAAUAGCAUGUCCAAUAAGAGAUAUCUCAGCAGAAAAUAUUGCUGCCGUGUUUCUUGACAGAUGGAUUUCUAAUUUCGGUGUACCUUCUACCGUUACUUCCGACAGAGGUUCACAAUUCCAAUCGCACCUCUUCAACGAAUUUACGCGCAUCUUGGGAAUCCAUCACAUCACUACAACUGCAUACCAUCCAGCAGCAAAUGGACUAGUGGAACGAUUCCACAGACAACUCAAAAGCUCAUGGAUGGUACAGCCUGAUGUAACUAGAUGGAGUGAAUUCCUACCUCUCAUAUUAUUGAGCAUACGCUCGACAAUUAAGGAAGAUCUACAAUGUACACCUGCUCAGCUAGUUUAUGGAACUAAUUUAACCUUACCUGGUCAACUAGUCACGCAUAAAGGCACUUCUGUAUGUACAGACCCCUCCUCCUUUUGCGAAAGACUAAUGAGCCACAUGAAUAGCAUUAAGCCUGUUGCACCUCGACCAGUCUUCUUAAAAGAGCAAAUUAGCAAGCAUCUAAACACAUGUAAAUUUGUGUUUGUCCGUGUCGACUCAGUAAGACGUCCUUUACAACACCCUUAUGAAGGACCUUAUGAAGUAGUAGACAGGCAAGCAAAAUAUUUCACAAUCAAGAAGAAUGGGAAAAAGGAAACAGUUGCAAUUGACAGGUUAAAACCCGCUUUCAUAGAGUCUGAAACACAUAACAGUCGAAAGCCUUCUAAAGACAACAACUGCACAACACAGCUUCCUGCGUUUCCAGCUAAUUCUUCACCUACUUCUGUGAAAUCGCCAACUCAAACAAUGUGUGAUGCUAAUGUUAUGGCUCCUACAAACUUAGUUCCUAAUUCCACUACCUUACCUAUUUCAAAAACCACUCGUACAGGAAGACAGGUACAUAUUCCUAAACGUUAUGCUGAAUUCAUUACUAAAUCUUCCUUCGAUCAUAUUCUGUAAUGUGAGUAAAUACCCAUAUGCUAAGAAUUACUCAUGACGCUCAUUAUUAACUGUAACGUUACCCAACUUAGUUGUAUUUGAUCAUUUUAUAAUUGAUCGUUUACAUUGAUAUAUACAGAUAUUAAAAAUUUUUCCGGUAAUAUAUCAAUUUAAUUAACGUUAUUAUAAAUAACACUAUUAUUUUUAUUAUACGUUCAAUUAUCUUUGUUAAAUUUUUUUUACAUACAUUAAAAAUAAUAAACACAAAAUUUUUUUUUCUAACCACACAAAAACAUUUUGUUUCAUAAGUAUAUAUACUUAUUAAAUUUUUUUUUUGAUAACCUCUAUUUAUUCUUUCCUUUGUUGUGUAAUAAUUUUUUUUUCCCUCCAAAGCACUUAGAAUUUACGUCGGGCAUACCACCACCGACGCAUGCCCUAGGGGGGGAGUUAUAUAGUGACACUUAUGUCUAGUGAUUUUUUGUAACAACAAAUUAAAGGUCACAUAUUUUUCCUAGUUGUCACACUUUUUAUGUAAUCACACUCAUAUUCGAUAUUUAUUGUUUUUCUGUAUCAAUGGUAAAGAAACGAAUACUUUUGUUUGGUUAUAUAUAACACUUCUUGACUACCGCGCUUCUUAAAAUAUAAGCGUUGUAUCCGCC